UUUGGGCGGUGCGGUGGGGUCCGGCAGCUCCGGCGGGCUCCUCGGGGAGGGCUGCUCGGUGGGGAAGGAGCAGCUCGGCUCGGCUUCCGCUGCGUACGGAGCUCUGGGCUGCUCCUGGCGCUGGCGGCAGCGAGCGCGACCUAGGCGAAGGCUGGCACUGGAAGCCCCCCGCGGCGGGCUGCUCCCUCCCGCGGGUCGCCCUCUGCAGCUGAGGUGAGACCGGUGCUGCUGCCCGGGCCUGUGCCUGGCUAUUAGAGGCGGUAGCCGUCUCGCCGUGCCGGUCGGUAGGGUGCCGGGAGCGUAGGCUUGUAGGCCUGGGUGCCGUGAAAGGGCCCCCUCCGGCAGGGAAGGGGUCGGUCGUGUGGAAAAAACCCAGAUUUUUCGCUCCUCAAAAGUGUGAAGUAGAGUUGUGAACGCGUGGUGGUGUAUUGGAAAUUCUGUGCUUACAUUUUGGCAGUGACAAAAAAGAUUGCUGCAAAAUAAGAUAGGACCCAUAAAAACUAGUCUUAUUUGCCACCAUUAUCCAGUGUGUGUAGCAACUGGGGUGUCAACCUUUUGAAAGAAUAUUUGUCAGUGACUGCAGGUAGAAGAAACUCAUUUAUCUUACAAGGGAAGCAAGAGAGGGACAAGGCAUGUUAUCUCAGAUGAAGCUUUCAUAACUGUCUUAAGAUCUAUUAGCUCAGACUGAGAUUACUUUCUCUGCAGUCUGUUUGCAACCAUCUACAUAGAAAUUCUUGUAAAAAAACUUAACUGUCUCCCUCUUUUUGCUAUACUGUCUCAAUAGCCUGAAUAUUUGGUAAAACUCUUCCUGUAGUAGUGUAAUUAAGAGAGGGAAAUCUAGAACAGACAAAGUUGAGCUGAGGUUUUAGUACAUGGCCUGCAAUGUUGAGUAGGUGUUGUAACGGUAAAAUAUGAGUGAUGCUGGAAGGAGAGGGAACUUCAUUUCCAUGCUCUUGUGGUUUAGAUCUACCAUGUCAUUAUGCAUAUAAACCAACUGGUAAGAUUUUCACAGUGCUCUUUCAUUAGAAUAUAUGUAACAGGCAAUGAACCUGUGGUGUUCAGAAUCAGUAGCCAGCUAAAAGCUGAUCAAAAAUGUCUUCCAGUAGGAAGAAUCAUUUUCUGUGGAGAUGCCUGUAUUUGCAUGUGUGUGAUCUCAUUAGCCACCUGAAAUUAACAUGGAAAACUGUUUUAAAAUAAUUUUUAAAAACUGUGCAGAAACUAUCGAGCUUUCUCAAUAAUCCAUGUUUUUAUAUUAGUCAAAACCUAGUAUAGUCAUAUUCAAACUUCAUAUAAAACCUUUUUUUGAAAGUUUUCCUGCUUACAGUUUUUAGAGGAAUGUGCUCAGUAGAAAAUUUAGAACUUAUUUACAAAUCAAUAGACAAUAAACUAUAACUAGCAGUCUGUUUUUGCAGUGUAAGCAAGAAUUUUAAGCUCAUUUUAAAAUGCAGCCCUAGCUGUGCGUUCACUACCUGAUAGUUUUCUGAUCUUGUGGCUGGCUCUUCCUUAUGUUUGUAGGCAGUCUCAUGAGAAUACUUGUGUUCAGUUCAGCACGUCUGUUUUCUCUCUGUCCUUUAUGUUUUUGCCUUUGCAUUCUUCAACACUUUGUGGCUCUGUGAAGUGUAAGAUAAAGGGAACCAUCAAGCCUCACUUCUUUUCUUAUCAAGAUUUUUUUCCCCUCUCUGUCUUUUUUUCUUUUCUGUUCUUUUGCAGAAUUAUUAGUACCUGUGACAUGGUACACUAAACUCAAGUGUGAAAGCACAAGGCAAAAUUUCAUAUGGCAAUCACUUCCAUGCUGAAGCAUCAAAUUGCUCUGAAACUACUCCUGCUAGUACUGGAUCUGCACAUGAUUACUAUUCACGCAGUGAGUGAAGUAGUAACCAAGAAGCAUGGUGGAGGUACUUACUAACAGCAGAAAAGCAAGAAUCUGUGGCAGAACUGCCCUUUGUUGAAAACUGUGGAAAGUUCUCUAGCACUUUUAUUCAGUGAUUAAAUUCAAGACAUGGGACCAAUGAAAUACAAGUCAAGUGUGUCCUCAGUGUCCUGUGGUCUGCAAUAUCACCAUUCUUUGAUAAAGUGGAGUCCAAAAAUGAAUUUACAGGUAGUGCAGACUUAUUGCUCAUCAGCACCUAAGAGGCCUGAAGCCAAGUCUGCAACAGAAAUGGCCAUGGAUCUUCUUAAUCGGCUGACUGAAGCCGGGACCCUUAUGGGGAAGAACUCUUUUCAGAAAAUGUCUGCAACAUGCAAGAGUUGGUGGGAGAGAUAUGAAGAGUUUGUUGGAAUUAAUGAAGUUCGAGAUGCUCAGGGAAAAGUGACAGAGGAAGAAAAGAGGUACCGAGCUGCCUAUUUAAAUGCAGAAGAAUCCGAGAGAGAAAAAUUCACUCUCUUCUCUGCAGCUGUAAGGGAAAGCCAUGAGAAAGAGCGAACAAGGGCUGAAAAAACAAAGAACUGGUCUAUUAUUGGUUCUGUACUGGGAGCCAUUAUAGGUGUUCUUGGUUCCACCUAUGUUAAUCGAGUAAGGCUGCAAGAAUUAAAAGUCUUGGUGCUUGAAGCACAGAAGGGCCCAAUAAAUCUGCAAGAAGCCAUCAAAGAACAGGCCUCCAGUCAUUACCUACAGCAGAAGGAUCUCAGUGACGUCAUAGCAGACCUGAAAAAUGUACUGCAAACAAGGACAUCACAGGAAAUAAAAGAAGGCACUUUGACUAGAGAAGACAGGAAUAACUCCAUAAAAAUAGAUUCUCUUUUAAUUCCUUUAAACGAACAGCUAAACUACACUAAACAAGUCAGUUCAUGUCUAGGGAGUUUACAACAGCAGUUUAACACUCUGCAGGAAAACUUAGCGCAAAUGAUUUCUGAGAUGCAAGGCAUUAAACUCGCGGUCCAUUCUAGACCUAUGGAAAGAGUGAUGCCAAGGUCUUCAGUGGAGGGUAAGAGCCAGGCUUCUGUUGUGAGAGAUGUGAUUUUAGAAUUGUGUGAUACUGAACGGAGACUGGAAACACAAAUCAAGAGAAAUUCUAUUUACAGCACUGCGGUGACAUGCGCUAUGUUUGCUGUUACUCUGCCAGUACUCUAUAUUAUACUUAAAGGGAACUGAUCUCUAAUUAAUUUACUAGAUUAAUAAAAGUAAACUUGCAUUCUAAGUACUUAGAGUACGAGUCCAAAUAAAGGUGCGUUAGCAUUUCUCGUUAUGCGUUCUCCUGUAUAUUUGGAAAACUUGUAAAGACUUAGUCCAUCUAUUGCUGCGGGGUCCAUGUUAACAGUCUUUGUUAUGCAUCGUGGGUUUUAACUCCUCAAGCAAAGGAAAUUCCACAGUUUCAUCGGUUGAUUUCAUUCACUGUUUCACUCUUUUACUGUCUAGGCUUGUAUAUCGUGCCAAUCAGUGACUUUCACUCUGGAGUUUUGUUUGUGGUUUUCUGUUCAAAUGAUGCUUUUACUCUAUCAUUGAUCUAAAUGCUUCAUGUGUAAUCCUUUAUAAUUUUGCUCCUGAUUACUUCAUAGUUUUGAAGUUUGUUCAUACACAAAACAUUAGGAGUCAUUUUACCAAACAGGUAGAAAUAUUUGCCCUGAAAUUUUUGGCUUGUUUCCUUUAUUUUUUUUAAAUGCUAGGUAUAAUGCAGUGACUUGCAAUGGGAGAAAGAGCAGGGACCACGUCAGUAAGGAGAUGUGAAGUUACUGUGAUACAACGUGGCUGUACAGCCAGAUGAUGCACUUAAAGUACAUUCAAGUUACAUAUGGUAACUCUUUCCUAGGACAGUUUAUCAUGAAGUAGACAAAAGCAUUUCUGGAGCUGCAGCUGUUACUGAUAGCUCCAUGUCCUUAAAGGCUUGCAGGCAGGGAAGGAGAAAAAGGGUUCAGAUACAGAGAUGUAUUAAGUAUGAUGUUUAUUCUGCAGAUGCAAGCCAAUUAUCCUUUCUCUACAGACUCCUUAACCCAUCAUUCCCUCGGUAUCUUGUGAUUUUAGUAAUCAUCUAUGGAGCAACCAUUUUCUUGCUAGUAGAAAAGUGACUUUCUUGAGUCUCAUUGAAACUUUCUCUGGUUUUUAUUCAUUUUUCAAUUGUGUCCUGUCUGGAAAUUCAAAUGCCACUCUACAGCAGGUGCUUUUAAGCCAGUACGUUAAUGGUAAUAGUGUUAGGCAAACUACUCCAAAAUAAUACUUGGAAAAAAGUGAAAGGUCUGGCUACUUGUUUUUCCUGAAAGGAUGAAGAAUGGCUCAUUGAGGAAAAACGCUUGUCUAAACAGCUAAACAUCAGUAUCUCUGUGUGGCCUCACACAAAGUUAUUGGUAUCGCUGUGAUAAGAAAUAGUUUUCUCCCUGUGAUGGCAGCAGAUAAGCACAUCAGAUGUGAAACUCCUGCUCUGUGAGCAUUUCUGUGGAACCUUUGCAGACAAAGGAGCGACAAGCUCACUUCAUGGUCUAAUGCCUUUGUGUAAGCAUUUCAGAAUGUCUAUCAGCUUUUUCUAGUUUCUUCUGCCCAGUAACCAUAUUGAAAGAGUUUGAGGUUUUGAUUAUAAGCUCCUCAGACUUUAAGAUCUUUGGGACAGGGACAUUUGCUCUAUGAAGCACCAACUUCAUUUGGUAUCGUUAAGUGAUAUUAUAACAUGAUUGAGUAAACAAACAAUAUUUGGAAAGAUCUGUGAUGAUUUACUACUUGUAAGAGAGAUGAAGUAUGCAAAAGGUGGGUUUGGGAUUUAUACAUUGAUUGUUUGGAGUGUAAGGUGAAUAACAAGUGUUUGUCAGGAAAGCUGUUUGAUCUGAUGGCUUGAGAACUGGGAUGAAAAUUCCCACACACUUAUGUGCGUCAAGAAGUAUCCCUACAAAUCAAUACAAUUUUUCAAGUCUGUAAUACUUCAUUUUCUCAUUUCAAAAAUAUUUUACAGGUUCUACUUCUUGCAGGAGCUUUAUGAAAAUCAGAGACAAGUAUGUAAUUAAAGGGGAAGGGAUAGUACAAUGAUGCUAUUUGUAACUUGCCAGCACUGGUCACUAAGAAUUUCGUACUGCUUGAAGUUUUUUCCUUCAAUUUAACUACAUAAAGUUAGGCCCCCUUAUUAUGUAAGUGGCUGAAUUUUAGAUACACAGCAUCACUGAAAAGUGUGGAUUAUAUACAUGAGCAUGGUUUUAAAAUGCUGUAUGUUAGGCAGCUAAACUUGAAAGUUGAGGCAACACACUGAAUUGUACUUGGUGGCAUCAAAAAUUAUUAGAGGUCUAAGGCUAAACUUGUGUACAAUAAAUAAGAAUACAAAACCAA